CACAGGUCAGUUUCUAGCCCAUAGGCCACUGAGAAACACUUCGGCCUUCAACAGGCCUCGCAACUUUGGCAACUUAGUUCACAUUCAGUUGCGCGCAUUGGAUAACCAACCUUUCCCCAAAUGGAAACCUCCGCAUUACUCUCGCCUAUCCAAAUUCGACAUUGGAACAUUGUUUUUCCUUAACAGGUAUAAGGAGCAAAGUGGUAUUAUUAUCCCACAUUCAGUGAUGGUUUUAGACGUAACGGAUGGUUGAGGUUGCAAGGAGGGGCACAUGCCAAACGGAGCGAACAGCAGUGGAAGAAAUUAAACCAAAGAUGUCAACAGUUGCCUACCACCCACUCGAAAUCGAUUGUAUUACCUUCAAGAAGCUCGCUGAACGUAUAAAACGGGACACAUGAUUUCAAGACUCAGAAGACUUGUUGCAGACAACGGAAUCUUCUGCUAAAAAGCAAAACAACCGACAACGUCUAUAGAGAUUUGACACAGACAACUCGCGUCCACUUUUUAGGACAUAAGCUUCAUUUAAUACAUUAAACUAGAAUAGCCAUGCAGGCAGUGAGGAAAUGCCACAUACUGUCCAGUUUAUUCCUUCUGCUGAUCAGCUCGGGCCAAUGCAUGGACAGCAAGGAGGUGAGGCAGAAAGAGAGAAGGAUCCUGCUGGACCAUGUCUUACAGGUUAACGGAGACAGCCAACGGGGGGACAAGCCUUCAGUCUCCAGUCGCUAUAACAGUGGCCUCUUCCCCGCAGCCCAAGACAUGAAGUUCUCCUCUGGAGAAAAGCCUUUAUAUGUUCCUAGGCUGGAUAACAGCAAACCCAUAGAUAAUGUCCCAAGAGAUAUAAACCUGAAAGACAAGUUCAUAAAGCAUUUCACAGGACCAGUCAAGUUCUCAUCAGAAUGUAGAACACAUUUUCAUAGACUCUAUCACAACACAAGGGAUUGUUCAAGACCAGCAUACUACAAAAGAUGUGCAAGAUUGCUAACACGGCUAGCGAUGAGUCCACUUUGCUCACAAUCGUAGACAUUGCAUGCUCAAAAUUUUGAAAGAGGGAAAUAUGUUUUGCCCAGGAAGUGCCUUCAAUUCACAGCAGUCACAUUAACAACAUAUUAUUGUAAUUGUUUAUAGUAUUUUUAUUUGUGUUGUUGAUACUGUAUGUAUAUGAAAAUGCUGGCAGCCUUUAUUGGUUUAUGAAAUAGAUUUUCUUUUUAUCUUCAUGUAACAUGUAUUUUUAAGAAAACCGUAAUUUAAUAUUGAAUACACCAAUUUAUUGAAAUUAUAUGUAUAUAAUUCAUCACAAUAAUUCAGAAAUAUACAAUUAUUUUCUCAAAGUUCUCACCUAAUGAAGAUAUUUUUUUCUCAUCAUGUCUGAAUUAAUCUCACUUAAUAUUAUUUGCUCUGUCAAUAUUACAUUCUGAGACGGUCCUACCAUGGUCGUAGAGAUAUUUAUUUCACUGUCCUUGUCUCCAUUGUAUUUAAUUUGGCACUUGAAUGAUUCCAGUCAAUGAAAACAUGUUGAAUGACGACGAAUGUAAUAAUGCACUG